AUCCUUAAAAAGGUGUAAGGAUACGGCGGAGCUACACGUCGCUAGCAGGUGCACAACGCAGGGAAAACACUAAUAGGAGACGAAUGAUGGCAUAGCAUAUGGCGGUUCCCCUUCUCCAACUCCAGAAGAAACCACAAACCACAACCUUGUGCUUUCACUAGAAUAAUGUUACGUUUGGAUAUUAUCUUCUGACCUCAAUUCUCCAGAGAUACGGUGGUAUUUGAAUAUAGAAGCCUUUCACCAUCAGCAAAAUGUCAGGUACCUACACACCAGCCCCUGGUGGGCCCUUCUCUGCUCUCACCCCAAGCAUGUGGCCCCAGGACAUUUUGGCCAAAUACCAUCAAAAAGAGCCUUCAGAACAGACUGAACUCCAAUAUGAUGAGUUUGGCUUCAGAGUGGACACUGAAGAUGAUGGAAAGCCAAGGUCCUGGCUAGGCACUGAAGGCUCUCCCCAGCGUGAAGACCCCCAACAGCGAUUGCGCUGGCAAGCCCACCUGGAGUUCACCCACAACCACACAGUCGGGGACCUGACCUGGGACCUCAUCGAUUCUGUCCUCCCAUGCUCUGACCGUUUGCGCUCCCUGGUGCUAGGUGGCAUACCCCACAGCAUGAGGCCACAGCUAUGGAUGCGUCUGGCUGGAGCACUACAAAAGAAGAGGACCUCUGAGAUCUCCUACAGAGAAAUCAUUAAAAACAGUUCCAAUGAUGAAACCAGCACAGCUAAGCAGAUUGAGAAAGACCUGUUACGGACGAUGCCAACCAAUGCUUGUUUCAGUAGUAUGACCAGUGUUGGAGUGCCAAGGCUGCGACGGGUACUGAGAGGCCUAGCCUGGCUCUACCCAGACAUUGGGUACUGCCAGGGCACUGGCAUGGUGGUUUCCUGCCUGCUGCUCUUUCUUGAGGAGGAGGAUGUGCUAUGGAUGAUGUGCGCCCUGAUUGAAGACCUCCUUCCUCCAUCCUACUUCUCCUCCACUCUGCUGGGCGUCCAAACAGACCAGAGAGUCCUCCGCCAGCUCAUAGUUCAGUACCUGCCGGCCCUCGACCGUCUUCUGCAGGAGCAUGACAUCGAGUUGUCGCUGAUCACACUGCAUUGGUUCCUUACAUCAUUUGCCAGUGUGGUGGACAUUCGUCUGCUCCUCAGGAUCUGGGACCUGCUCUUCUAUCAGGGCUCAUUGGUGCUCUUCCAGGUCACACUGGGCAUGCUCAAGAUCAAGGAGGAGGAGCUCGUAUCAUCAGAGAACUCUGCAUCCAUUUUUAAUACGCUGUCGGACUUGCCAAGCCAGCUAAGAGAUGGCCCUGCAGUUCUUGGCGAGGCUAUGAGGCUAGCAGGGACACUAUCCCAGGAAACACUGGAGGCCCACAGGCACAAGCACCUAGCCUACAUCCUCAAUGAACAGGCACAGCUCAACAAUGGGAACAACACAACGCUCAACACCAACCUCAACAAGGUGCAGAGGAGACAGUCCCUGCGCAGGAAGUCCACCCUGAGCUCCCUGCUGUUUGGGGAGGAUGAGGCAGAGGCCCUGAAAUCCAAGAACAUUAAGCAGACAGAGUUGGUGGCAGCUCUGCGUGAGGCCAUCACCCGUACUGCAGAGCACUUCCACUGUCUGGACCCACGUCACUCUAGCACUGACCUGACUCCUGACUACUCCAUGGAGAGCCACCAGCGAGAUCAUGAAAACUUUCUAGUGGUGUCUCGCAACCGACGGAGACGGGCAAAGGCUUUGCUGGACUUUGAGCGACAUGAUGACGAUGAACUGGGCUUCAGGAAGAAUGACAUCAUCACUAUUGUCUCACAGAAAGAUGAACACUGUUGGGUUGGGGAGCUCAAUGGCCUUAGAGGUUGGUUUCCAGCAAAGUUUGUGGAGAUCCUAGAUGAAAGAAGCAAAGAGUACUCCUUAGCGGGUGAUGACUCUGUGACGGAGGCAGUGACAGACCUGGCCAGGGGCACCCUGUGUCCGGCCCUAAAGGCCAUCUUUCAGCACGGUCUCAAGAAGCCAUCUAUACUGGGAGGGCCUUGUCAUCCCUGGUUAUUCAUAGAAGAGGCGGCCAGUAGAGAGGUAGAGAGGGACUUUAACUCUGUCUACUCCAGACUGGUGCUGUGUAAAACUUACAGGUUAGAUGAAGAUGGGAAAGUACUAACACCAGAGGAGCUGUUAUACAGAGCAGUGCAGUCAGUCAACAUGAGCCACGACACCGCACACGCCCAGAUGGAUGUCAAGUUUAGGUCUCUCGUCUGCGUCGGCCUAAAUGAGCAGGUGCUACAUCUAUGGUUGGAGGUGUUGUGCUCCAGCAUGGCAGCUGUAGAGAAAUGGUAUCAUCCAUGGUCUUUCCUUCGCAGCCCUGGAUGGGUACAGAUCAAGUGCGAGCUUAGGGUCCUAUCAAAGUUUGCCUUCAGCCUCUCCCAAGACUGUGAGCUACCUGACAAGAAAGAGGAAAAGGAGCAGAGGCCGCUGAAAGAGGGAGUGCAGGAUAUGUUGGUGAAACAUCAUCUCUUCAGUUGGGACAUUGAUGGCUAGAGACACAGCAGAACACAGCUGAAUCCUCCCCUGUCCUGGUGUCUGUAUAUAUUUGAUGUCUCUUUACCUGUUGCUCACAGACUGUCACUUAUAAACUAGACACCGUCGUCUGCUACAGUAAGUGACCACUUCAGACUCCGUCACGUCACCUUUCAGCAGUGGACAGUGGACCAGUUUGUAUGUGGUGAAGCAUGUAUGCAUUAAAGUGCAUACUUUAUUUUAAUUUCAGACCCAGCGUAGGAGGUUGCACUAUAUGGUAAACUAUAGUAAAACACUGUUGUACAGAAUAUUCUGUAGCUAUGGGACUGGAACACUUGGUGCAUCUUAACACUAAGUAUUUGUGUACUUACUGUUCUGGCCUUUCAGCUUUCCAUGGCUAACUGUGGGCAUAUUAUGUGCAGGAGUGAGAAAUCCGCUCUCCUGCAUCAGUUGUGUGUUUAUAAAACACGGCUGCAGAUCAUUACCACAACACUGGUAUGAAGGUAUUGUUGGUGUUGAGCACCUCUAACAGUGGAAUUUGUAGUUGUGUACAGUGAUUGUGUAUGCAUAUUGUAAAAUUUAAGUCACAUACUCAGAGUUGUGUACUUGUAGAUUUUUUCCCCCCACAAAUACAACACAACACUUACACAUUCACAAAUUAAUUAAUUACAGGUGCACAAAUCCUAUUUUACAAGUCACAGAUUAAAAAACUGAAAUGCUCACAUUUUUUCUCCUAUUGUUGUUGUAUAUUUGGUGCAAAAUUUGUGGGACAAAAGCCCCUCUCCUCUUAUUGGCUGUGGGAUCAGUCAAUCUCAUAUCAGCACCCGCCUUUUGCUCCAAAGACUGAAUGCACAGAUCAUUCUGCACCACAGACCUCAGUGGAGGGGUGAUUUGUGAUUUUUUUUGUAAGAAAUAAUUUCACAUACAUUGAACAUUUAUUGCACAAGUUCACAUUCAGAUUUGCACAUAUUCAAAUUUUGUCCACAACUUCACAUUGUUUGGGGCAGUGUUAGAGGUGCUCAAAUCUUUUGCACCAAUAAUAUCUUCAUACACUGGGCCAUUAACAUGGUCCUAAAUUCCACAUUAUCCUUUAAAUUCCCCAAAAUUAACCAAAUCGGAACAUUCCUCAACACGGAGCUGUAAAGUUACAAACUAUUUUUUGAGAGGAAUGCUACUUACCUCAAUAUCAUGAAUUCCACAAAAUAUCUCCAAUAUUAAUGUUGCACAUGCCGAGUAAAGCCUUUUCCAAUUGUAAUACAAGAUUAUGUGUAUGUAUGCUACCUUAACAAUGGUAGUCCAGCCUGCAUUGUAUAACAUAAUGUAAAUGAAGCAGAUAAAUACUGUUUGUGUUACAAUAUAUGGUAAAUAAAUGUUACAUAUGAUUUGGAAUGUCUUUGUAUAUAAAGUAAACGCUUACUUUGCUUGUGACUAAAUGUGCCCUUGCAUGUUAAAGUGAAUUAAGAGCUAUGAUCAGGCCCCCAAAAAAUCAGGACUAACGCUACUUGAACCUGCAUAGUUUCUGUCUAAGUCCUGCCCUAGACCAAUUACAACAGCAGCUUUGAGACCCCAGAUGGAUUGUAAAGCUAUACUUCUACUGUAAAAAAAAGUUUUAAAAAAUGGAGAGAAAUUUGCACAAACUUGGGUCAAAUUUUUAGAAAUUACGACCAGGCUAGUCGGGUCUGGCACAGAGUCAAAGCUCAAAAAACGAUUCGACAAACAUACUGAUUUCAAAACUGACCUUAAAUUCCGACAUAAAGCAGUCUUUAACAGUAGACUCCAGAAGGAUGAUACUAAUAGCAAAGUUUUUUUUUUUAAGUACUUCAUUAAAUGUAAUUUUCCCAUGUGCAGAAUAUGCAAUCAACUUUGUUUUUCAUCAUCAGAGUCAUUGAAGCCUGUGUAAAUGAAACUGUAUUUUGAUUGUAAGUUUUUGACAAUAUAUCAAUCAUAGGAAAUAUUUAUUUUAUAAUAAUCUGCUGUCUACUAAAAGACAAUCAAGCCAAUGGUUGCCACUUUCCAUCUAUAACAUGCUGAACUGAUAAAACUACAUAAAACGUAAACCUAAAUGAGUUGCAGCAUAU